AUGCCUACACUUGCAAUUUUGGCUUCUAAGUUCCGCAGGGAAAUUAAUGGGGAGAUAGCGGAUCGAAUAGAUGGAGCUGCAUCUAGAAUUUUUGGUACUUUGAUCCAGCAAUACAGAGAUAUAGAGGAUGUUUGUGUGACAAACAAGAAGAGAAAGACUAGAGAGCCAGAAAUGAAGGGAGCUAGUGGUUCCACUACGUGGAAGGACAGAAGAUUUGGAGGAAAGGGCAAAGGAAAGCAGUUAUCUGCUAGACAAAUGCCUAACCAGUUUAAGAGGACAUCCACUCAGCAGGGGUGUGGCAAAGAGGGUCAUUAUGCCAGAUAUUGUCCCUCAUUAGUUGCUAGGGCUAUAGCAGUUCAGGCUUCCCUUCUACAGAUGGUUCCUGUUCCACCUACAGCGACACCCAUGGUACCACUAAUCACGGGACGUGUGUACAGUCUUGAUCGCCAACAGUUAGAUAAAGCUCAGAAUCUUGUGAGAGGUAUUAUUUCUAUAGGUAGAUAUGACAUAGAUGUGUUGUUUGACUCUAGAGCGACAUAUUCCUUUAUUAAGGAUCCGAUUACUGUGGGGCUAGAUUUGCCCAUGCAUAAGCUUUCUCCACCAUUGAGGGUUACCACUGCUACUAGGGAGAAAGGCGACGCUUCAUCUAUUUACCGGGAUGUAGCAUUUCGACUAGACAGUCAAGAUUAUUUAGUAGAUCUCAUUUACCUACCCAUAAUCAAUCUUGAGAUCAUAUUGGGUAUAGGUUGGUUGUCCAGAAAUUGUGCGAUUGAUUGUUAUGCAAAGAAAGUGGUGAUGUCUCCUUGUGAUUCCCCUACCAGCUCUUCUCUUUAUUUAUCAGUGUUUCAGGCUAGGAAAGCCUUGAGAGUAGGGGCAUAUGGUUAUGCCAUGUUAGGAGGUUUAAUGAAUGGGACACAAAAAGAUAUUACUGGCAUUCCUGUGGAGAGAUUGACAAUUGCACCAGUGUUGAUCCUUCCUGAUCCUGCGGAACAAUUUGAGCUUUGUUCCGAUGUUUCCAAGAAGGGGCUAGGUUGUAUGUUGAUGGAGACUUGUAGAGUGGUUGCUUAUGCUUCGAGACAGUUAAAGCCUCAUGAGGAGAAGUAG